AUAUGACGACUCAACAAAUAACCUACCAGAACAAAUAACUAAAAAAACAAGUAACCAGCCAUUACCAUUUAUCGAUGUGGGGUUAGAGAAUCGAGCAGCAAGUGACGAGGAGGAAUCAAGUGAUUCAACAUGGUUGCCUGUUGAAUUCUUAGAACCAAGCACCGAAGAAAGUUCUGAAGAGAGUUCAGACGAACAUAAAAAAAGAAAAGGAGGAAUAAUAUUCGAAAACUAUACA